GGUAUAAAGGCACGCGGACAAAUACAUCAACUCUUCCAACUCUACGUUGUCAUCCAGGGAAAUUCGAAGUGGAAAGUGCUCGAUGAAAUUCGCGGCUUGCAUGGUGUGAUAACUCGGUGUUACAAAUCGAUUAUAACUUUUAAGCUUGUACGCUGCCACCCCGUUGCUGCUUUGCGGCGUCAUGAGCUCUUGCCGUGAUGGGUCAAGCUAAACCCUAAUGCAACGUCGAAUUCGAACUACUUGUUGAGAUCGGCCAGCCUUUUCGCCGUUUCGAAGUCUAUUGAGAUUGUGUGCCUGAUAUUGGCCACCCAACCGCAAAUCUUCACACUUUUAACAUCAGAGCAUUCAAUUUCACCUGCCUUAUCUUUACAACAUCCCUCCUAAACAGAAAUCGAGACGCGAAGCUUGGCUUGGAACAUCCAAUAGCAUUCUAAGAUUUGAAUUUACCGUUCCACGGCAUGAGUGAAGUUUUACACAACAGAUGUUAGGCGUGCACUAAUUCAGCCUAGGAUUUCCGAUAGCAAGAACGAUUCAUAAGUAUUUAGUGAGGCCUGCUUCUCAGGUUCCAGCAAUCCUGAUGAGGUACCAGAGAUUACCAACCAGCGAAGAAGCUGAAAUGGCGAACGAGAUUCUUAAUAACGACCCUGCCUCCUCAAAUGAACGCGAUGGUGAGCCUGAUAUCAAAGACGGAAAUGUCAACGAUGAUUACAGUCAACGGUCACAAGUUGAAAGUCUGAGUUUGACUGUGAUACCACCCGGGACAAUUGAUCCAAUAUAUGAAGCAAAAGCUCGAGUCUUGAAUGAAGCUAUUCAAGAUAUUGGUAUGGGAUGGUACCAAUGGCAAUUAUUUGUUGUGGUAGGAUUUGGAUGGGCAAAUGAUAAUUUGUGGCCAAUUGUUACAUCACUUAUAUUCACGUCGAUCACCAACGAAUUCUCGCCCAAGCACCCACCUCUACUCACUUUAGCUCAGAACAUCGGCCUUCUGGCUGGUGCUAUGUUUUGGGGUUUUGGUUGCGAUGUUUUUGGAAGACGUUUAGCUUUUAACGCUACGCUUGGUAUCACCGCUGUUUUCGGAUUGAUUGCUGCCGGUUCCCCAAAUUUUGCAGCUAUCGGAUGUUUUGCAGCUCUUUGGAGUUUUGGUGUAGGCGGAAAUCUCCCUGUCGAUUCAGCAGUGUUCCUCGAGUUUCUUCCCGGUUCUCAUCAAUACCUUCUUACUGUCCUUUCGGUCGACUGGGCUGUAGCUCAAGUUAUCGCGAAUUUAAUUGCUUGGCCUCUCUUGGGAAACCUCACAUGUCAAGAAGGUUCAAAAUGCACUCGAUCACAAAACAUGGGGUGGAGAUAUUUUCUUAUCGUUAUGGGAGGCAUUUCCAUGAUUGAAUUCUUCAUUCGGUUCACGUGUUUCACGAUAUUCGAAAGUCCAAAAUAUUUGAUGGGAAAAGGAAGGGAUGAAGAUGCAGUCAAAGUUGUGCAGGAAGUUGCGAGGAGAAAUGGGAAGCAGUCAAAUUUGACUGUCACCCUUCUUCAGGAUUGCGGCACCCUUCCUCACAUCAAUGCCUCGGCAACGAUAUCAAGAAAACUCCAUCAAAUGGACUUGUCUCAUGUUCGGGCCUUAUUUGCAACAAAGAAGAUGGCCCUUUCUACAAGUUUGAUUAUGCUAGUAUGGGCAUUCAUUGGUCUUGGCUACCCACUAUAUAACGCAUUUCUUCCUUAUAUCCAAGCAACUCGCGGUGCUGAAUUUGGAGAUGGAAGUACAUAUUUGACGUAUCGAAACUCUCUCAUUAUAUCUGUGCUUGGAAUUCCCGGCGCUCUUAUAGGUGGUUAUCUCAUUGAGGUACCAAGAUUGGGUAGAAAAGGAACUCUUGCUCUAAGCACGACAGCCACUGGUGUAUUCUUGUACGCUUCCACCACAGCCAUGACAUCUACUGCAUUGCUGGGCUGGAAUUGUGCUUUUAACUUUUGUUCCAAUGUUAUGUAUGCUGUUCUGUACGCAUAUACGCCGGAAAUAUUUCCUACAAAAGAUCGUGGUACAGGCAAUGCCCUUACUGCUACUUCGAACAGAAUAUUCGGGAUUAUGGCUCCAAUUAUUGCAAUGUUCGCCAAUCUCGAAACUUCAGCGCCAGUUUACACAAGUGGGGCUCUUUUCAUUGCAGCAGGUCUGUUGGUGUUAAUAUUGCCAUAUGAAACCCGGGGAAAGGCCAGCUUAUAAACUCGAAGUUUGAAGGCUGUAUUUAUAUGUUAUUCUUACCUUUCAAUCUCGUAGGACAACACAAUUCAUGUUAGUGAUCA